AUGGAUCAACAUGUUACCACCGACGACCAGGGCUACGUGUGGGCCCCAGGCACCGUCCGGCUCGAGAACAAAACUGAACGAUCAGACUACUUGGUCCUUCAGCCAAAACCUACGGAAGAUCCCAAUGAUCCCCUAAACUGGACCACCGGGAGGAAAUGGACUAAUUUUUCCAUUGCUUUACUCUAUGUCAUUUCGACAUUCGUGAUGCUUGACAUCGCAGGCGUUGCUUACGGGCCUUAUCUAGAAAUGGGGCUCUCGUACGGAGACUUAAACAAUGCCAUUGCGGCCAACUACGCGGGCCUGGGUCUCGGAUGCCUAUUCUUCAUUCCAUUUGUAUACAAAUAUGGUCGGCGGCCAAUCUACCUGUUUAGUUUGACGCUGCAGUUGGCUGUGACACUGUGGGCAGGCUGGGCCGACACUGCGGCGCAGUUUAUUGUAUUCAACCUAUUCGCCGGCCUCGGUGGCGCCAUCAGCGAAACCAUCGUUCAGAUCACCAUUGCCGACCUCUUUUUUGUUCAUCAACGCGGCAUGGCAAAUGGAAUUUUCUUGGCCAUGGAAACUAUAGGCUCCUUCCUCGGGCCGCUGGUUGCGGGAUAUAUCAUCCAAGCCCAAAGCUGGCAGUAUAUGUGGUGGUGGACUGCCCUUCUUAUCGGCAUCAACUUGAUAUUAGCUAUUGGGCUCUUCGAAGAAACGAAAUAUGUACCUGAGAUCGGAGGGCAGGUUGUUGCCCCAUCAUCGACAGCAUCAGCCUCAAAGCCAACUACCACGACCGCCAAAUCCCCGGAACCUUCUUUAGACGACGUCCCGCAGAGCGAAGAGAUCAUGUGGCGACAGAAGUCGCGUCGUGAGCGAUUGGGUCUCAUCACCAAGACGGACAUUCCGCUUUUCCAACAUGCGUGGAAUCCGUUCUUUAUUCUAAUUCAAUUCCCGGCUGUUACAUAUAGUGCUAUCAUCUAUGCCAGUCUACUCGUGUGGGUUUCUGUUUUGGGAACAGUCCAAUCGCUAUGGCUACUCUAUCCCCCCUAUAAUUUCGACAGCGCGCAAAUUGGUCUCUUUAACUUAUCCUCAUUGGUUGGCACCCUAAUUGGCGCUAUAUGUGGUGGACCACUGAAUGACUUUGUGGUUGUGAGACUGUCCAAGAGAAAUUCCGGCAUCUAUGAACCCGAAUUCCGUUUAUAUCUCGGCGUUCCAACAGCGUUCUUCUCUGCAGCCGGUUUGUUGCUUUUUGGUUUCACGCUGGAUAGGGAAUUGCCUUGGAUCGUCCUUGCUGUAGCAAACGCCCUCUACUGCGUCGGAUUAGGACUUGGGGGUGAUGUGGCAUUAACCUACCUCAUGGAUUGUUACCAAGAUAUUCUCGGAGAUGCAUUUGUUGGAGUUGCAUUCUUGCGAAACGCCGUAUCAGUGAUAAUUAUGUUUGUUAUCACCCCUUGGUUGGACGGAAUGGGCCUCCGGAAUACUUUUAUUCUCUGCGGGGCCCUGUCCUUUAUAACCCUCAAUGUCUCCAUUCCGAUGAUCAUUUGGGGCAAGAAGGCUCGAAUCCGGACAGCAGGAAGAUACGCACACUUCGCGAAAUUACAGCCAUUGUCGAGGGACUUUUAA